GUCACGAGUCUACACCAUGCAAUCAAAUGACGUGGAGAAAAGAUUCGACGCUGCCGUGAAGGUCAUUCAGGGCCUUCCUAAAGAGGGGCCUUUUCAGACGUCAAAUGAAGUUAAACUGAAGUUGUAUUCGUAUUACAAGCAGGCGACUGUUGGGGUUUGUACUGAGCAACAGCCAAGUUGGUGGAAUGUUGUUCAGAAAGCAAAAUGGGAUGCAUGGCACUCACUUGGUCAACAGACAAGGUUGGAUGCCAUGCAGUGCUAUGUUGAUGAAUUGAAAAAGAUUGUUGAGGCAAUGCCACACACAGAUCAAGUGGCCAAGUUUCUUCAUCUGAUUGGUCCAUUUUACGAGGCGGUUAGCAUGAAUAAAACUGAUCAAAAACAGACUAGCAAAGCCAGUGAAUCAUCCAACAUUCAGGAAGCAGAAGGAGAUGCACUGGUGGUUUCAUCCCAACCGCAUGUUGCUGUUCAGCCGGACAAAAGUGUGCACGCCCUCCAACCGCAAAAUGGUGUAUUAGAUAAUACAGAGACGUUGACUGCAGUUGCAGCAUCGGGGGUGCAACAUCAUUUAGAUAACGUCGAUGACGAUAGCUCGAGUGGCAGUGAGAUAUUUGAGGACACACUUGAUCCUGAUAGAUUACAGACCAUCGUAGAACAUCACGAGACUAAUAAGCAGCAAUCGUUGUUUACGUCAUCGGGCUCUAGUCACAAGGAAUGGGACUCUACGCCGCACAGUCGUGAGAAAGAGUGUCCUCAAGAUGCAACAGACACAGUCGGUGAUCAGCACGAUAGCUCAUUGCGAUCACAACAACAUGCUGAAGUGAUGGAGACUUUGCAGCAACUGCGUUCAACAGUGGCAGGGAUAUCACAGCAACUGGAGACUGUUCAGGCAUUGGUGUCAUCAAUGACAACACAACCUCAACUUCGUGCUGGUCACAAUCAAGUCAUACCUCAACAGAAAGCUUUCCUUUUUAUGUCUGGGGCUUUACGUUGGCUUCGUUCUCGAAUAACUAGCUACAGAUUUCUUUCGGUGCUGGUACUCAUUUCAUUCCUUUUUAGUCUGCGUUUCUGGACAAGACGAAAAUAGAGUCAAACAUAGAUUUGGCAUGCAGUGUUCUCCCUGACUCGCAAUUAUUUAAUUAAUCGAUUAAUUAACUAACCGACCACUUUAGCCUCGCAGUGUGGAUUGCAGUCCCGGAUGCG